AUUUGGAACGAAAAAACAGUCAUUCAAUAUUCCAUUUUGAUUUAUAAGGUAUUUACGCACGAUUUUCAGGUGUGAAAACUGGAAAAUGUGAGGGAUAUGCUGUUGCUGCGUUCCAUAUUCGUUUGCUCUAUCAAUUAUUUACCUUCAAGGCGUUGCUGGCAAAACUAUUUCAACAUCGAGUGUGUUUUAUUGAAUUGAAAAAUAAAACGGCACACCUCGCACCGUGACGUUAAAUGGCUGAAUCAAAUCGUGAACCAAUGUCUAUGGAGGCAUUUCGAGCAAAGAAAGGUACCUUUUGUAUUGACAGUCAUCUUGAAAGGUUUUCAAUUCCUUGUGGUAAACUUUGUGCGUUUUGUUUUUCAUUGUAGCCUCGUCUCCUACCGCCGAUAAGUCAGCAGCCAAUUCGAGUAAAUCUGCAAACUCAUCAUCAACUGUCUCUAGUUCGAUGAACUCGGCACAAUCUAGGCCGGCCAGUGCAAGCAGGACAAAUUCAGCGAGACUGUCUGCUUCUGCUGAGAAUUUGUCAGGAGAUAGAUACGGUCCCGCGCCUGAUCCGCGACAAAGCAAGGUCAAGCUUUUGCGAGAAAAGCAAGCUGAAGAGAGGAGGAGAAAGAACGAAGAACGUAGGUUGGCGUUCGAAGAAAGAAGGCGAAAAAAAGAGGAUGAGGAGAAAGAAAGGUGGACAACACUUAAACAACAGGUGGACAAACAUAGUGUUCCUAAAUCAAAUAGUUCAGCUUUAAAGCCAGGCUCUGGUAGAAAACUCCCAAAUGUACCUACAGAAGUUAUUGCUAAGCGACCAGGCAGUGCUGUUCAAGCGCCUUCGCGACCAUCUUCGUUGCCAAAGCCUUUAACGAGACCCUCCAGUGCUAAUCCUGCUAAAAGCCCCAAUCGAAGUAGCGCUGGGAGUUUAUCAGGAGGUUCUACCCCCAAAGAAUCUCCUGCGUCAAUCCCCAACUUACAACCUAAACCAUCCUUAGGGGCUGGUAGGUCAGUAUCUGCAAGUAAUUUAGACACCAGUACUGUAGCAAAUCGUCGAGCUAGUGGCGGGCCUUUGCAGGCAAGGCCAUCAUCUGGUACAAAGACCAGACCACGAACAUCCUCGAACACUUCAGCUCAGACACUGGACAAGUCUAAGACAAGAAAUAGUGUCAGCCAUGAAUCACUGUUACCUCCUGGUGGAAAAUUAACAAAAUCACACUCUACCAGCUCGAUACAAAAUGUUGGAAAGCAUAAAAGUACAGCAGAAAAAAGCCAUAAAACUGAAACAAAACCAAAAGCUGGAGUUACUGAUGAGGCCACUGCCAAACAGGCACUGGCAGAACGAAGAAAAAAGGCUAGAGAAGAGGCCGAGAGACAGGCUGCUUUGGAUAAAGAGCGACAAGAGGCGGAGAGAUUAAAAAGGGAAGAAGAAGAAAGAAUACGAGCUGAAGAGGAAGCCAGGGAAGAAGCAAGGAUGCGGGAACUUGCGGAAUUGCUUCAAAAGCAGGAAGAAGAGCGUCUACAGGCAGCAGAAGAGGAAAGGAAGAGAAAAGAGCAAGAAGAGGUUGAGAGAACUGCUGCUGAAAAGAAACGUAAAGAGGAGGAAGAACAGAAAGCAAGAGAUGAGGCAGAAAGGAGGGCUCAAGAGGAUGAAGAAAGGCGUAAACAAGAAGAAGCUGCAAGGUUGGAGAGGAAGAGGGUGAGAAUUUACGUAUAUUUGUACAUUUGACACUUGACAGCACAACAUGUAGUGAAUAUUCUUCACAAACUCAGGAUUCUCAUAAAGUUUUAAAGACAGCUACAAUCCUGGGCAAAAGUCUGUGGGACAGUAAUGCAGUAUUCGUGGUUUUCUGUAAUUUCUAGGUGCCCUCAUAAAAAAGUGCAACCUUUUUGAAAAUAUCUUGCAGUUUUUCCUCCCCCCAACCUAUACAAAGUUGAAACUUAGGAAAAAUUCUGGAAACACGCGUUCGACCUUGUUUGUGGGCUGGGAAGGGGGAGGGGUUGGGCAUGUGUGAGUUAAAGAAAGCCCCACAAAUGCAAAUGAGUCCCAAGAUUUUGGGAUCACUAUACUUUUCUGGGAAACUGCCCACCUACCCCUCCCCUAAACCAACAUUAACACUUACUUCUCACUUAAGGCAAAAUGUGGGCUUAGGGGAGGCAUAGGUGCACAGUUUCCCAGAAAUGUAUAAUGAUCUGACUUUUGUCCAUCACUUGGAAAAUGUGCUCUUUGGAAUUUUGACGGAAAAUGCUUGCCCUUUACUUCAAUUGCUGAACUAUUUUAUAAUUAUUGGAAAACUCUAUUUGUGGGACUGCAGGAGCAAACAAAUCCUUCCAAACAUUUGUGGAUUUAAAGCCAAGAUCAUUGCUAAAUAUGAAACAGAAGAAAAAAUCAGCAACAAAGAAUUCUUUAAAAGAAAGUGGAUACUGACGCCUUAUUUAAGUUAACUGUAUUACCUCCGUAUUAUUUCAUUGCCCUGUUGUACUUUUUUUACAAUUUCUUUUAGCCCUGUAACACCUCCUGUAAUAAUUUGACAAUUUUUUUUUUUUGUGUGUGUGUGUGUGUGUGUGUGUUUUGUAAAUGUAAUUAUUUAAUGUGAUUAUCAAUAAACAUUAAAAAAAAAAAAAAAAAAAAAUUUAGGCAGCUUGACAAUCAAGUGCUGUAGGCAAUUUGAGGCUUUCACUUCCUCACUUUACCCAUUUUCCCGCAAAAGUAGAUGGCUUGGACCUCAAAGUAGUCGGUUGCUGGCACUUAACAAGAACCCUGCAAACUUAUGAGUCAAGAGCCUACACGCAGUGCUAUAGUCCCACAUGUAACUUUCUGAGUGAAAACUGAUACUAGCAGAGAGAUAAAAAUUUCUAAUGUGUAUGCUGUUGUUCAACUUUAUAGACACUAACCCUUUAUAUCUUAAGGUAAUCUACAAUAAGCACUAGUGGGUCAGCUCUAUUUAGAGAUAUAUUGUGUAGUACACUGAAAUGUAAAUACAUGCAAAUCACACCUCUUUCUAUACAAAUAUUUCAGCGAGUGGAGCAAAUUAUGAGCAGAACAAGACAAACAGCAAGCCCAACAACCACUGAGGUGGGUAACUUUUUUCAUCUUCCUACAAGAAAUUGUAGCUUCCAGAUACAGUUCCACUCAAAAGUAAAUUGCAACCCUUUGCAUGUUGCCAAUUGCAUCAUGUGCUAUGCAAUUCUUGUCAUGCACCAGCGCAGGAUGAAAUAGAUUCCUGUGGCUUAACAUACCUUUAGUGUCCCAAUUUGGAAAAUAAUUAUGUCAUUGACAUCAGUCAUUGAUUAAUUAAUUCUAGGACAAAUUUCAUCAGGCAAAGGCAGCAACAUGACAGCUCAGCUGUCAUGGUGUUGCAGGGCUUGAGAAAAUAGCUAAUGAUUUGGUCAUGGUAAGCACCCUUACUGCACAUGCUACGUUUAAAUCUGAGUAAACAUUCAGACUUAACUUGUUUCUUUUUUUGUUGUACAGGAGGCAAAGGAACUUGAUCCGGAUGACACCAAGCGUAAAGUGAACGAAAUCCUUCAGAAGGUGAAAGGCAGUCAGGGUUCAUCAAGUCAUAAUAUUGCAGAUAAUGAUGGGCUAGAGGAAGAGCAAGGGAAUAAUAACGAAUCCAAACCUUCGGAAGAAGUGAAACUUGAAUCAGAAAUUACCAGUUUAAAUACUCAGCAUGAGAACAGCUUUGCUCCCAUUGAUACAGAUUUAAAUGGAGUAGAUUCUUCUGAACUGCCUAGUUCUGAGAAUAAAUCAUCAACAGAGCAAACUUCAGAGUUACAUGUAGUACCUCCUUUAAUAACUUUACAGCCUGACUCAACUUUCACUCCAAUUGGAUCUACAAACAGUGAACAUGAAAACGAAGCUGUUUUAUUUCAGUAUAAAGAAGACUCAUCGGUGACGUUGAAUAAAGAGAACCACAGUGUAAAUGGAACAGAUCAAAUUGUGGAAACUGAAAACUUGACAAAUGCUGAAGCUACUGUGGUAAGAAUAUCAUCAUCUUUAUAUCCUUUAUUGUUCACUUGCAGGCUUAUCAUCCUUUGGUUGUUUUGAUUACAUUUGCUGCGUAUUAGGUAGCUUAAGCAGCAACGACAGCGAUGGCAAUGAGAACUGCAAUGAAAGCAAUAGGUUUAGAUUAGCAAAAUGACAACUUUGCACAUGCAUCACGCUUUUUGGUACAUUCCUUUGCCGCCACUGCAUGCCUACAACAUGAAACUGCCAAAUCUCACAUUUUGUGAAGGACGUGAAUGCAAGACAAUGACUUUCUUUUUCUUUUCCUCAUCUUCAAUGCAGUCUUUCAGAAUUCAAUUGCAGAAAAAUUUGCCAACAUUGACAAACUGAAUGAAAUGGAAUAAGUGCAGUAAGGUUUGAAGCAGCAUAUUCAUUUUUCAAGUGACAUUUUCAUUGCUAUAUCCGUCUUUUUUGCCUAAGCGCCCCAUUAAUGUACGGCUACUUCGGCUGAGUUUUUGGUGAUGUGAUGUUCUGUGAAGUGCAUGCCUACUGGAUAUUAAUUUGUAUACUAAAAGAGAAGGUCAAGCUUCAAGUUUUUAAAACUGCCUCUCAAAACAUUAACCCAUUUCCCGGCUGAACAGCUUGUAGCCACUUAUGUGAAUCCAAGGACAACUUUGUCAUCUUACUUGUGACGGGGGGAAGAGGUCUUUGAAACCAUAUCAGAAUGAGCACAAUUCUACCAAAGAGACAGGAGAAAAAUGGGAAAAACCAUGAAAAGUUGACCCUAAUCUUGUUCCACUACCCAACUGCACUUUCUUCCAUCUAAUCCUUCAAUCCUUAAGGCUUUCCCAAAAGCUUUUCUUAAUAAAAUGAAGCCUAGUAAAUGCCCAAGAAAAGGAAAAGAAAACAGAUUGAGAAAAGUGUAAGAAGAGGGGAGGUGAGAAAGCAGGGGAGGAGUUGAAGUCAAGAUUGCUGUAUCACCUUUCAAUAAGAGGACAGACACACAAAAAACUGGCGUCAAUUUGUUAAGCACUCGUACAGUCCAUUUAAGUUCUUUAUUUUAUAGUCACAUGGUAGCCAUGUCAUUGGCAGCAAAAUGUAACUAUUGUGGUUUAUUUUUAUACUGGGUUUGAAUUUUUUUUCCUAUUGUUCUUUGGUACAGUUAUGUAAGAUAAUGAGUUGGAAACAAUGGAAAAUAAAUGUGAAGCCACAUCUUUUAUCAUGACCUUAGUUCCCUUUUUGAUUAUUCUCUUUUACCAACAAGAGGCAUUCUCCUGAAACUGAUCGAGAUGCUGUGCCAGAUAAUUCAGCAAGUGUGAACAACCAAAACUUUCCUAGUGAAGUGGAUGAAGAGAUGUUGUGGUUGAAGAUAGAGGCCACAAUGAAAGCAAGAGAGUCGUAUGCUAUUGAGGCUCUGGAGAAUCUGGGAAUAGUCGCUGAAGGUGAUGAUGAUGACGAGAGUGAGGAGGGGCAACUGUGGAAUGUGGUAGAAGGAAAGACACAUCUUGCUGAGGUAGUGUAA